AUGGACACUAUGGAGAGUGAGUCGGAAAUCGGCCGCUUUUAUAGCGGUCAGAGUGUGUUCAUUACGGGCGCCACCGGUUUUAUGGGCAAAGUGUUGGUCGAGAAGUUGCUUCGUUCGUGCGAAUCGGUCGGUUAUAUAUACGUGUUGUUGCGGCCAAAGAAGGGUCUGGACGUGAGGUCCCGACUGCAGGAGUUUGUGGAGGGCCGGUGCUUUGACCACUUGCGUGAAAUUGCGCCCAAAGCCCUGAAUAAAGUGGUGCCCAUUGAGGGCGACAUAACCCUUCCCGGACUCGGCAUUUCCAGCGCCAAGCUCUCGCUUCUGGUACGUGACGUGUCGAUAGUGUUUCACUCGGCGGCGACCGUUAAAUUCGACGAACCGCUCAAAACAUCCGUCAACUUCAAUGUGUUGGGCACUCGACGGCUCAUCGAGUUGUGCCAUAAAUUGCCAAAAAUUGUGACUUAUUACAAAUACAAUAACGGAAAGGCAUUAAUACACGUCUCGACGGCUUAUGCCAACUGUAAUCGGUAUGAAGUGGACGAAAGACUGUAUCCGUCGGAUGUGUCGCCGCAAAAGAUCAUCGAUCUCUGCGAAUGGAUGGACGAGAAGUUGUUGAAUGAGAUGACACCCAAACUGUUGGGCGAUCGGCCCAACACUUACACCUACACGAAGGCAAUGGCCGAGACAUUGUUGGUGGAGGAGUGCGGAAGUCUGCCCGUGGCUAUAGUGAGGCCGUCGAUCGUGACGUGUUCGUGGAAAGAGCCAAUGCCCGGAUGGGUGGACAAUCUCAACGGUCCCACAGGUCUCAUAGUGGCCGCCGGCAAAGGCAUACUCCGCUCGAUGCAGCACAAGUCGGCCGCCAGCGCCGACAUCAUACCCGUCGACACCGUAAUCAAUCUAAUGAUAGCCAUCGUAUGGUUUACGGCGACUCAACGCCCGAACGGUAUACUCGUCUACAACUGUACGUCCGGUUCGCUGAAUAACUUCAAAUGGGGUCAACUGUCGGAUAUGUUUCAGUAUCUGCUUCAGUACCCGAGCUCUCAGAUCUAUCGCUAUCCGAGUCUAUAUCUCAAAGAGUCCCAGUUUUUCAACAGACUUCACACAGUGUUUGACCACAUAAUACCCGCGCAUCUGUUCGACGCCCUGAUGACAGUGUUGGGCCGCAAACGCAUUAUGGUUCGCAUCUAUGAACGCCUGCACCGGUCGGUCAAAGUGCUCGAGUGGUUCACUACUCACGAGUGGCGGUUCACCAAUAAUAAUAUACUUAUGCUUAUUGAUCACCUCAAGGGUGUCGACAAACAGACAUUUCACUUCGACAUCCGGACCAUCCAUUGGCCGACGUAUUGGGGAGACUAUGUGUUGGGCACUCGGAAAUACAUACUCAAAGAGGACAACAGUACACUACCAGAAGCCAGAAAUAAUUUGCGAAAACUGUAUUACUUGAACAAAAUCUUUGGAUUUCUCGUUUUGCUCGGCGUUUGGCACACCUUCUCGUUGGGCGCCGUUAUAUCCGCCAAACUCUUCUGAUUUCUGCCACUCUUUUUCCAUUAU